CCGAAUCCAACCACCAACGAGUGGUGGAGGCGCUGCCGCCGCAGGCGACGGAGAAGCUGCUCCAUUUGGUGUCGGUGUCGGACGGCCUCGACUGCUGGGAGGACCGGAUGGACUUCGCCAAGUCGGUCGAGGCGCUCAUCUGAUCUAUCAACACCACGCAAGCCGACGCGGUCACGUGCAUCAUCACUGACGUUUUCAUGGCGAAGAUCACUCAGGCCUACCGGAAUUUCGACCUCAAGCGGGCGGCUUUCCUCCCUGGAGCGGCCGCGCUGCUUGCCUUGACCACCAGCGCCGAAAAACUCGUCGUCGAUGGAGUCAUUGACACUGACGGAACGCCCCUGCAGAGCGACCCAAUCCGGCUGUCGCCGUCCAUGCCAGAGAUGAACCCUAACCACUUCGCAUGGGUGUGUCUCCCAGACCUAGCAGGCCGGAGAGCCAUUUUCCAAUCCAUCGUCGAAAACAACAAAUCCGCAAAGCUCGCUCAAUACCUAAUCUGCAACUCCUCGUCGGCGCUCGAACCCGCCGCCCUCGACUUCCUCCACAACUGCCGCCCCAUCGGGCCCCUCCUCGCCACCCGCCGCCUCGCCAAACAGGCGGGCCACUUCUGGCCCGAGAACCCCACAUGCCUCUCCUGGCUCGACCACCACCCGCCACGCUCCGUCGUCUACGUGGCAUUCGGGAGCUUCACCCUCCUCGACCCAGCCCAGUUCCGCGAACUGGCCCUCGGCCUCGAGCUGACCGGGCUGCCCUUCCUCUGUGUGGUGAGGAGUGACAUAACCUGCCACGUCAGCGAGGCCUACCCGGCCGGGUUUGAGGACAGGGUGCGAAGUCGGGGAAAGAUUGUUGACUGGGCCCCGCAGCAGGAGGUGCUGGCCCACCCGGCCGUGGCGUGCUUUGUGACUCACUGUGGGUGGAACUCGAGUGUGGAGAGCGUGAGUAGUGGGGUCCCGGUGGUGUGCUGGCCUUACUUUGCGGACCAGUUUCUUAACGAGACUUAUAUUGUGGAUCAUUGGGGGGUGGGAGUGAGGUUGGAGAAGGGUGGGAAUGGGAUCAUUGGGAGGGAGGAGAUUAAGGGGAAGGUGGAGAUGGUUUUGGGAGAUGGAGGGUAUAAGGAAAGGGUGAUGGAGCUUCAAGAGAAGACUUUGGCUAGUAGUGUUGUAGGAGGCUCCUCUCAUAAGAAUUUAUGUGAUUUUGUUGAUUGGAUUAAGGAAGACUAGGAGUUUAUCAACUUAGAUUUGAUAUCUUCAUUUUUCCAUUAUGAAAACACACAAAUCAACUGAAUUAGGGUUUAUCCAUGGGAUGCCAUCAAGGGAAGUAAAUUUUAGUAGUCCGGAUA